AUUCGCGGGCGCCAGGGAGCGUCUGGCUUCAGGCCGAUCUAGCUGCCCUCCUGUUCGGAAAGAAGGACGUGGUUAUUGGGGAUUAUGGCUCCUGCUGCUGUCGUCUCUGCUGGGCAACCUCCUGAGAUCCAGUUUGCUCAGAGGUUGGCCUCGAACGAGAAACGGGUUCGGGAUCGGGCGCUGAAAAAGCUACGUGGCUACAUCACUCUCAGGUCCCAGAGUCUGGAGGGUUGCUUCAGUCAAGAAGAAUUGUUAAAAAUAUGGAAAGGAUUAUUUUACUGUAUGUGGAUGCAGGAUAAACCUCUCUUGCAGGAGGAGUUGUCAAAUAAUAUAUCACAACUAAUCCAUUUAAUCAAGAAUAUGGAUACUCGACACUUGUUCAUUCAGACUUUCUGGCAAACUGUGAAUCGUGAAUGGAAUGGAUUAGACCGAUUGCGUCUAGAUAAAUUUUACAUGUUGAUCCGCAUGAUGCUGAGACAGUCCUUUGAAGUUCUGAAAAGAAAUGAAUGGAAUGAAAGUUUAAUUGAACGAUUCCUGAACAUGUUAAUAAUGGAAGUUAUGCAUCCAGACAGCCAUGCUCCCAUUGGAAUUAAAUUGCAUUUCAUUGAUAUCUAUCUGGAAGAACUGGCUAAUGUUGGAGCCAAAGAGCUCACAGCAGGCCAGAACAUUAAGUUUAUUGAACCAUUCUGCAAAAUCAUUGCUAGGACCAAGGAUCAUCUUAUGCUGCAAGCCAUAAUCUGUGGCAUCUUUGAAACCAUUGUGGAUCAGUCCCCAUUUGCCAUAGAAGAUUUAAUGAAAGAACUAGAAACUGGCAGUGAUGUUGACAGUUCCUCAGAAGAUGAAAAAUGGAGUGACAGAGAAGAUAGAGAAAUGGCCAGAGGCAGGGGCUUGUCAAACAAACAGCCUCCAAAUUCAGAGGCACAUGGUAAUAUUUCAGAAGAUAUAGAUGCUAACAUUGGACCAGUUCUUCAGUUUGAUUAUGCAGCAAUUGCCAGCACAAUCUUUGAGUUGAGCAGCAGAAAAAACACACCUGCUUUUAACAGAAAGCGCCUCUACAAAUUGGUUAAAAAAUUUCAAGAUCUUGCAGAAGGGAGUUUCCCUCAAGAUGAUUUCCCUGAAGAUGUCUCCACAGAUGAGGAUGAUGAUACCUUCAGCAGGAGGAAAUUGAAAAGAAAAUCUGGCAAACCCUUAGAUAAAGCUCAGUUGGGAAAAAAAGACAACAAUCAAACUCAAAAGAAUGAUACUGAGGAAGAAGAAGCCAACACAGGGCUACAAAAAAAGAGGAAGAAGAGAAAGAGAAAAUCCAGUCAGAAAGCUGGUACUUGUAUGCCCUCUAGAAAUAAUGAGAAUAGACCAGUCAGUGUUGAAUCCAAGACACCUGAUCCAGCCAACGAAUCCUCAGAUAUCAGGAAACGGCAGAAGUCUUCAAGUACACAGAACAAUGAAGUUGCUUCGGUGAUUCCCAUUGAAGGACUUGGUGAUGAUUCUUCCUUGAAGUCACUGACAUGUUUAGCCACUGGCAUAAAGAAGCCUUCUGCACACAAAAAUGAGAGCCUGCCAAAAGUUCCUAUAAAAAUUGUGUGUCAGAAUGGGCAGAAUUAUGACAGUGAAGAGGACCCUAAUUAUUAUACUACAGGAGGCCACACUGGUAAAAUUAUGAAGAGACAGCAGAAAUCAAAGUCAGGAAUCACUGGGAAGCUUUUGUCUGAAGAGAGUGUUAAUCUGCCAGAGAAAAAAUGCCUUGUAGAGUCAGAACCUAUUGUGCUCCAGAAAGUCAAGUUGAAGAGAAAAAAAAUGUUGGGGAAUUUGGGGAGGAUUAUAUGCUCCAAACAGAAAGCAAUUGGCUUGAAAAUGCAAAGGAAAAGCAAGAAAGCCCCAAAUUCCACAGAAAGAAAUGAACUUGAAAACAAGAAGAGGAAGAAUGAAGAAACUGGUGGUAUUGCUCUUCCAAUAAAGAAAACAAAGGCAAAGGUGGAGAAUGAUUUUGUGAAGUUUGAAAAGACAAGUUUACCAAAGCCAGCAUUCUUUAGAAAAGCUAAAAGAAGCAUUACCGCCAUGCCGUUAAGCAAGCUACAAUCUUCCAGCUCCAAAAAGGUUACCUUUGGAUUGAAUAAGAAUAUGACCGCUGAAUUUAAGAAGACAGACAAAAGUAUCUUAGUCAGUCCAGAGGGAGUCUCCCGGGUAGCUUUCAAUCCUAAACAAAAACCACCGCAUGGGGUCCUGAAGUCUUCCUCUAGCUCUUUGAUGGAAAUUCCUCAAAUAAAGAAGUCUCUUAUAACUCCAGCUAAGAAGAGACCAACUGCUAUGGAUUUCUUCUAAGCCCAAUAAAAUGGAAGAGAAUUUCGGAAGUGUUCUGAUCAUUUCAACAUCCAGCUAUUCUUGGUAUAAGUUUCAGAAUCUUACUUUCCCAGCUAAUAUGAUACUAUACAUACGGUUUAAAUUUUGUGGCCUCUGGUUCUUCAAAAAGCACCUCUUUGGCUGCAGAUUAGAACUGCUUUGUAUAUGUAGUUAGCAAGAUAGAGAGAUAGAGAGAUGAGAUGAGAUGAGAUGAGAUGAGAUGAGAUGAGAUGAGAUGAGAUGAGAUGAGAUGAGAUGAUAUAUAUAUGGACUGACCUCAGGUUUGAAAAUAAGUUUUUCUAAAAACAAGUUUUCUGAUGAAUAUUUUUAUAAAGCUUUAUUUGAAGCUGCUUUUUGAUGUACUCUUUAUUAUUUUAAUCUUAAAUGGGCUCUGUUGUUUUCUACCCUGUUUCAUUUUUCCCCCUCACGCCUUCCAUCUUUCUAACACUUUGGGUUAAAAUAACAAUAUUUAUUGAAAACACGUUUUUUAAAGGAAAAAAUCUUACAGUAUACAUUAAAACUACUACUAUUCAAACACAUGGUGCACUUUGCAUAUAGUGCUUAAGCAUGUGUGGUAAUAUUCUUAGCAAUUUGAGAAUUACUCCUUUGUUCAUAAAAUGUGUGUGUUCUAAUCUGAUGACCCUCAGAUAUGUUGUGACUAAAAUUCCAAGCCAGCAUGAUCCAUAAACUUAUCUGGAAUUUCGGGGAAUCUAUAUUUUCCCCUAAUAAAAAAUGCAUGUUUAUGCCGUUUGCUUUCACAAACAUAUUCAAUCAAGGCAUUGUUCUUCCUCUAUUAAAGUGAACUACAUUAUAUUAUAACUUUUGCAGAAGCCUCUGUGCCUUUUGAUUACAGGGUAAGGAUGGCUAAUAAGGCUAUGUGAAUUAAAAGGGGGAUGGGGGUGGGAUUCAGUGUAGCUAAAGUCCUGCUGAUGCCAGCAGGAUGCAAAUUGUAUUUUGCUGGGAAUCUUUCUCCCAUCUUCAGAGUUCCUGUCUUAUCAAUUUGCAAUACAUGGAAACAAAUAGUUUUACUGAUUAGAUUCACCGUAAUUUGGGAUCAAACUGGGGAAUAGAAAGGUUUGAAUUCUCACUGUUAGAACCAUGCCACCAAUUAUCUUAGAUAAAUGGUAAAACUUUUUUCUGUUUUGCUGCUGGUGGUAUUGGAAUUUCAAGGCUAAAUUUUUUUCCCUUCCUUCUCCAUCUUUACAGAAUGAUUCAAAAAGUUUAUAUAAAGUUUGGAAUAACUUCCCAGGAACCAGUGUCUUCAGAAUGUAAUAUGUUGAUGUCACCAAAUAAGUUAUUUUAUUAAAAAUCUUUAAUCAACAUAGUAUAAAACACUGCUCAGCAAACAGUUCAUAAAUUGGUGGGUUUUUUUUUAAAGUUUUGUAAUAAAAAUGUUAUUUCUGUUUUAUAUUCCAGAGAAUGAAUGGUUCUGAGCAAUCAGUUACUUUAGUAUUUCUUCAAAGUGCUUAUAAAGUUGCAGACCAAUGGUAUUUCUGGUUUUAUUUUCAGAUCUCAAACUUGUUAAUAUCACUGACAAGUAUUUUAUGUACUUGAAGUGAGGUGGCUUUGGCUGUGUCAAAGUUUUAAGUAAUGUAAAUCAACUAAAUUAAAUACAGGCUCUUUCUACAUUUAUAUCAGAUGCUGAAUAUAUUUCUUGACACUUUCAUUAAAUAUAAAAGAAAAAUGUGUUUUAACAUUGUGUUAACACAAUCUUAUUAAAUUGAUGCUAAUAUAUAAAAUCAUGAAGAUUAAGAUAUUGCUUUAAAAACAACUCAGCUGAAUGUGGAAUUGGAAAGAAUCAGUCUAAAUUAUCUACUUAUGACAAGGACAUGCCUAGAAUCAAUUAUAUUCAAUAAGUUAUAGAUCAUUUUUUUUAUACAUGUUGUUUGCAGGGCAAACCUCUGGGCCAACGUCAGCAGCUGCAUCCAUAAGCAGCUGUCUGAACAUUUCACACUAUUCCACUGACCAGAACCAGUUGGUUAAAUUUAGGCACUGGUAGCCUCUAUUAUACAGCAUUUUAGAGGCUAGCGCACAGUGGAAAAACAUAGUGGAUAUCUAGCAUAUUGGGAAACUGUUAGAUAAGACGAUCAAGGACCAUGUGGGGGGAAAAGCAAAAAAAAGGCACUUUGCAUAGGCAGUUUUUAAACCUGCAGUUGACCAUGACUAACAGGAUAAUGUUGGCCAUUGCAGUUCCCGUAAUGAUUAUACAAUUGAAAACUGGAUAAAUACAUCAUCAUGCUGUCUAUUAAACAGUAUAAAAUUUUUGUGUCCAGUUUAGUUUAUACACAUACAUUCCAUUUUGCAGUAAUUUUUCUGAAGGUUAACUGAAAUACAAAAAUAUAACAUAGGUUUUACAGUUGUAUUUAAAACUUUUAAGAUUACCGUAUUUCUAAUGGUUUCAUUAACUUUGAAUCACAACAAUUUCUACAUGAACCUUGUUUCAGAAUGACAUUUUUGACAGAGAAUUAAAAGCAAUGUUCUGUUAUGUGUUAAGAUAUGUGUUAAGAUAUUAUUUCUUUUUAUGCAGCAUUUUUAAACCUAUUUUGCAACGAAAAUAUUUAUCAGGUUUUUAAAAUGAUAGCCAAAUUUGUCCAUGGGCUUCUUGAUGGUUUGUGAUGUAUUCUCACAAACAUCCAAAGUCAUUGUAAUGGGUUUUUGAUAAAAGAAGCUGAGAUUAGAAGUUGAUUUAGUUUUGCUUCUCAUUGGAAGAUGUUGCCAAGGAGGAUGCUAUUCGGCUGGUAUCAGAGAUGGAGUCUUAGAAAACAGCAAAAAGAAUUGAGAUGAGAGUUUUAAUGGAGAUACAACGUCUGAUACAACCUAUGAUCUAGACCCAUGAUGGCAAAUCGAUGGCACGCGUGCCAGAAAUGGCAUACAGAGCCAUCUCUCCGGGCAUGCAGUCUGUCACCCGUUGCUCUUCGGGGUUUCGGCGCACUGGCCAGCUGGUCUUCACAUGUGCGGGUGCACCAGAAACUGAAAGAGCAGCUGCUGGGUACGCAUGCACAUGCCGGCCACCUGAUCUUCCAGUUUCUGGCAUGCAUGCACGCAUGAAGACCAGCUGCCCAGUGCGCAUGUGCACAUCAGAAACGGGAAGAUCAUCUUCCAUGUGCGCACAUGCUCUUUCGGUUUCUGGCAUUCCCGCGUGCGUGAAGACCAGGUGGCUGGCGCGUGAAGAGCAAGGGGACUAGAGCUGCCAGCCAGGACGGGCAGGCCAGGCUUCUUGCCUGAGUGGGCUUCUUGCGCAGCUCCACCAUCUGCGGUCCAGAGCGCCUGGCCAGCCCGGGGGCAGCAGGGCAGCAUUUGAUGGCUGGGCAGCCCUGCCUGCUGUUCCUGCCACUGCAAGGGGGCGGCAGCAGUUCUCACGCUGCUGCUUCCAGCCAGGAUGCUGGAGCAGCCAAGAGGAAAAGGAGGAGCUGCCAUCAGGGAUGCAAGCUGCCCCAGGAGGGCCAGAGGAGGUGCCACCAAGAGUUAAGAGGCACGCCGGGCUAGCCGGAAAGCAGGAAGGCACCACCGAGGGAUAAGGAGGGGCUGCACUGGCUCUCCUGCCUGCUGGCCCCCCAAGCUGAGCUCCAGGAACGCCGACAGUCCUUACCUCCAAGGCCAGGAAGGAAACAAACCAGAAGACCAAGUGGCCGGCACUCAUGCGCGCACUGGAAACUGGAAGAUCAUCUGCUUUUUUGGUUUCCAGCGCAUGCACAUUCCCAUUUCAGAAUUCGGUGCCAAAAAUGUUUGCCAAUACUGAUCUAACAGAAGCGAUUGUUAAAGAUGUAUUAUUUUAGUGAAGAACAAUAGCACUUAGACUUAUAUACCACUUCUAAGUGCUUUACAGCCCCCCUCUCUAAGUGGUUUACAGAGUCAGCAUAUUGCCCCCAACAAUCUGGAUCCUCAUUUUACCGAUCUCUGAAGGAUGGAAGGCUGAGUCAACCUUGAGCCUGUCGGAAUCAAAAUCCUGACAGUUGGCAGAAUUAGCCUGAAAUACUGUCUGGUAAUAUUGUCUGGCAAACUUAAAUUGAACUGUGUAAUGUUAGUUCUUGUUAAUUCAAGGACAAAUAUAGAAAUUGCUUAACAGUAAUUCAGAGGAAGACUCACUGAUGACCCAAAGAGGAAGAUGCACCAUGGAGCUUUUUCUUCUCAAUACGAAUGAUUCCACAUAGAUUUAUGAUCUAUGAUGACCAAAAACUAUCUACUAUUGACCUCACCCCAUUCCUAAGAGGUCUGUAAGGGGCGUGCAUAAGAGCACAAACGUGCCUACCGUUCCUGUCCUAUUGUUUUCCUUUGUUAUAUCCAAUUAAAAUAGUUAUUACAUACUCAUACUCAUAUAUAUGCUUAUGUGUUGUAUAGUUGUUUCACGCUUAUGCUUAUAUACACUGUGCGACAAAAAGAAAGAAAGAAAGAUAGAAAGAUAGAAAGAUAUGGAAGAUGAAGUAUUCUUCCAGCCCAAGGGAGGAAGGCCAGUUUGAGGGGAUGCUUCCCAUUUUUUAUGCCCUUAUUUCUUAAAUGGACAUAAACAGGUUAGAAACAGUUGUGUAAAUAAAUACCUCUUCGAGCAAAAUGGUAACUUGCAAGCAUACACAGUUAGAAAACUUUUAAAACAUUCUGCAGUAGAGGAAAAAUGUUCUCUGCAAGGCAAUUUAAAAAGUCAAGUGGCACUAUUACUAAGUGAGCACUGGAAGUAAUUAGCUAAUUCUAACCUCUGUUGCAGGACUAGAUUAAAGAAAACAAAACUAGCAUGCCAUUAACUGUGAUGCAUUUUCUUAAUAAAUGGAAAACUAAGAGGAGUUGUUUCACUGGCUCAAGUUUUAUAAUCCCAUAGGAAGCCCCUGUGACAGGAAGGUUGGCAUGUAUCUGCAAGCUUUUUUCAUGGUUGUGUUAUUGUUUGACCAACUGGAUCAGAAAAACUUACCAUGUGGCAAGUUGGUCAUCAAUUCAUGAAAAUUGACCACAAAAUUUGAGAAUCCUGACAUACUUUCAUAUAUUUUUAAGAAUGAUUAGGACUUACACAUUUUGUGCUCGUUUUAUAGAAAAUGAGGACUGCAUAUUUGACAAAACCCCACUAACAGGACUAAAUGCUAUUUAAAUUUUGGAGUAAGCUUGCCAAUGUCUAGGCCUGUGAUGGCGAACCUAUGGCAUGCGUGCCACAGGUGGCACACGUAGCCAUAUCAGUGGGCAUGCGAGCUCAGGUCCCACCAGUUGGCAAAUGGGCUGUUUCUGGCAUCCGGAGAUCUCCAGGGAGUGGGGAAGGCUGUUUUUGCCCUUCCCAGACUCCUAGAGAGGCCCUGGAGGCUGGGGACAGCAAAAAAUGGGCCUUCCGGUCCCACCAGAAGUUGACAAACAUUUUCACCCUCCGGAGGACCUCCGCGGGGGUGGGGAAGGCCGUUUUUGCUCUCCCCAGACUCCUAGAAAGGCUCUGGGGCCAGGUGAGAGAGAAAAAUGGGCCUAGUGGGCCAUCGUGUGCCAGGAGCAGGGGGGGUCAUGCAGAGGUGGGGCGCAUAGAAUUAUGGGUGUCGGCACGCGCAUGCGCGACCCCCCUCCCCCCUCCUAGCACACAAUGGCAAAAAGGUUAACCAUCACUAGGCUGUGCACAUGCGAGGGUUAUCUCACUUGCUGUCUAGGCAAUCUGUUUAAUAUAGACUUCUGAAAGGAACCCUGUUAAGCUGGCAGAAACAUAUUAGCAUUAGCAAACUGCUGUUUUGUUUCUAAUUUUUAAAAUGUAUUUGAAAAAUAGUCUGAUUUAGAAGAUCUCAAAUAUGGGUUUUUCCAAAUAAAACUACCUAGAAAAUUUAAACAAUUUUCCCCACUUGAAAAAGGAAAAGACCUAUUCAAUUCAAAUAAGCUUUGAAUAAACCUGUAUAGGAUUAUGCUGUUGUUUCCUUAAGGUAUUUAUUAAUUCAAAACCAGGCACUUAAAAUGAUUUUAAAAUAGUUAAAGUUCCAUUUUUGUUUUUAGAAGAAAAGUAGCUGUCUUAAAUAUUAUGUUUAAAAGUUAAAUUUGAAAAUGAUGAAAUAUAACUAUCAGAAUCAGUAAAAAGUGUAAAAAAUCAAUUUAAAUAUAAUUAAAAUCCUAUUUAUUUGAAAUGUG